CCCACUUUGUCAUCAACACCUUCUCAUGAAGUACCGCACAAUUUCUUGUGGUUGACACAAAGCAAGAGUGGUUCAAGUUUUCUGACCAUCACCCAGCCUAGUGAAACAUUUCCCACCACUUCUAGUGCUUGCUCUCUGAGUCUCUGCAACACUGAAUUGCUUCUCUGCAAACUUAUCAGUAGAUUAUCAAUGGAAGAUGAUAGCGGCUACACUGCUCUGUACUUCCAGUCUCAUAGGAGGGGCUCGCAAGCUCUCUGUGCAGCUGGGAAACAAGAUGCUCCCCAGUGUCCCCGAUGGCACCGUAUCACUCUGUGGGUAGGAUUCAUUUGGAAUAUCAUCCUGGUGGCAAUCGUUAUAGUUUUGGCUGUGCACUUGGAGAAAGGAAAAUCUGAUGCAGAUGUUGGCAGAGCAAAAUGCAGCACCUCUUUAGAUGAUUUCCAGGCCCGUCUAAACAGGGAGCUCUGCAACCAAAGCCAGGACAGAUCCUCAGUCAAUUCCACUUGCAGAAUCUGCCCUGUAAACUGGCUUCUCUACAGGGACAAGUGCUACUGGAGAUCAGAGGAUAUGAAACGCUGGAAGGACAGCCAAGCUGAUUGUGCGACAAAGAAUUCUCAUCUGGUGGUGAUCCAAGAUGAGGAGGAGAUGAAGUUCAUAAAACAAAAUAUGCAGGAUAAGUCUGUUCUCUACUGGAUUGGACUCUACUCGUCUUUAUCAGAGGAGAAAUGGGCAUCAGUUACAGGUUCCCAGCUUGAUCCAAACAUGCGUUGCCUCUACCAGUUUCACUUGUUUCCUGCACUGCCCUUUUAAUAUAAAACAGUAGUCAUACAGAAGAGGGGAACAUAUCAGGCAAUAACAAAAUAACAAAAAUAAAGAUGAUAAAAACAUUGUGGAGGACUAAAAAUAAAGACAUUGCUAUGUUAGGAUCCAUUCUUGAUCAUCCCAGAGUGCAGGACAUGAAAUAAUAGGUUCAAGUUAUAGGAGGCCAGAUUUCAGCUGAAUAUCAGGAAAAUGUCUUACCUGUUAGAAUAGUGUGACAAUGAAACCAAUUAUCUCAGGAGGUGGUGAGCUGGAGGGA